AUGGAACACAUUCCUAGCUUCGACGCUGUCAAGGCGACUCUGGAAGAUGGAAAGCAGUAUAUCCUACAUGGCGCUCAGCAACAUCCUCGACUCGCGGCGAUCAUCCUCUGUCUAUUUACCACAUUGCUCGUGACGCGCGUGUCCACCACCGUUCAAUUCUAUCUUCACCGCGCCCGCACAGCAAAGGCCAUUCACCCUAUCGCACCUCCUGUACCGCCUUACUCGAUUCCAUGGAUCGCCAAUGGUUCCUACUACCUGGACCUCGUCCCCAACAUCCGCCGGCUCGCCCAACGCUUCCCUGACAUGACGGCCUUCACCUUCCACAUCUCCGGCAGGAAGCAUCAUGUCAUCAUGGCUCCCAGUCUGGUGCACACGAUGGUGACCAACAAGACUAUCAUCCCCAAAAUCACCCUCAAGCCUUUCAUCUUCCGGGCCAUCGAGAACGUGUGGGGAGACAGUCGCUCUCUCAUACGCAGCAUGGAACCUAAGAAACUAGACAACAUUCACGGAUACCUCGCCACUAUGAUGCACUCAUCUUUCCUCAAUAUCAAUGUGCCAAACCUGACAUCUGCACUGUCUACCAAUGCCGCCGAUCUCGUCACAUUCUCCAAAUCCAUCGUCGACCAAUCCAUUUGGGAGCGUACCUCCGGCGUCAUUACCACAUCCCCCAAUACUGCUGUGGCCUCUCUCUUUCCCCUGAUUCGCACCUUCACUGCCGCACUAGCUACUGAUGUUUUCUUCUCACCCGACCUGCUGUCCAACUAUCCCGACAUCAUUGAUGAUCUUUUCCUAAUGGAUACCAAAUUCGAAGUCUUCUUCGCCGGCUUCCCCCAAUGGACGCCCGCGAACUCCGGCCCAUCAAAAGCCCGCGACCGCGUCGUCGAACGCAUGCGCCAGGCCGUCGUCGCCUUCCACGCCUGGGACCACGGCAAAGACCCCGGGUCCCAAUGGGCCCGCAUCGGCGAGACCAACUCCGCCAUGGCCGGCCGCAUCAGAGGCUCCGCCGCCGUAGGCGACUUCGACGAGUCCCUCCCCGAAAAGGACCGUGGGCGCGUCGCUGCCCUCUGCAACGCCAGCAUCCUGUGGGCCCUCCAAGUCAACGCUACCGGCAUCGUCUUCUGGCUACUCUUCUAUGCCUACAGCGACCCAACCCUCCUGCAACAACUCCGCGCUGAAGUCGCCCCUUACGUGAAGAUCGCGUCCCCAAGCGACGUCUUCCCCGGCGGCAUCAAAGAGAAGCCGCGGCUGGACAUUGACGGCCCCGGUCUCCGCGCUAACGCCAAGCUCCUCAUGGGCGCCUUCCACGAGGUCCUGCGAAUGGAAACCUUCAGCCUCACGUACAAAUACCUCCUGGACGACAUCGUCGUCAGCGAGUCCGCCGAGGACGCCGCGCUGCACCACAGGCCCGGAAACCCCAAGACCUUCGCGCUCGGCGAGGGCGACUACGUCGUCGUGCCCCACAGCCUCCACCACUACGACGCCAAAUACUUCCCAGACCCCGAGAAAUUCGACGCCCGCCGCUUCUGGGUGCCCACCAAUUCCAAUUCCUCCUCCCCCUCCAACAACAACACCAAGAAGGACCAAACCGAGAAAACACAACUCGACCCCUCCCAAGUCGAAGUCUCCUACCUGACCGCCCACCCCUGGGGCGGCGGCGCGCAGCUCUGCAAAGGCAAGAAAUUCGCCGAGCACGAGGUCCUGUACAUCGCGGCCGCGCUGCUGCAUCUCUGGGACUUUAUACCCGUGAGUACGGAUUACUUGGGCAGGGAGACCGAGGUGCCCUGGCGGCAUCCCGGGAGGGCGAGUACGAGUGCGACGGCGAGGCCGGCGAGGGACGUGAGGGUUAGGGUGGAGAGGAGAGGGGGGGUUUGGUAG